AUGGCGUUGAAUUUGUGCACGAAGAAGGCUUUUCGAUUUUCCGAUUACUGCAGGCGGAGGAAAUCCGCCGUCAAAUCCAAGGUUGUCGCCGCCUCGCCGCGAGAGGACGGCGUUAACCUCCGCUUCGUCCUAAAAAAGAGGAAAUCGUGCUCGAAUGAGGAGGACGACGACGUCAAUCUCCGCUUCGUCGACGUUAAAAAGAGGAAGGUGGAGUCGAAGAAUCACGGCGUGCUGCGAGAUUCCGAGUUGGAAUCUAGGGUUUUCGGCUUCGCAAGCGCUUCCGGCGCGGUGUCGAACUAUUCCGGCAAGAUGCAGGGGAUCGGGGCGAGCCUGGCGAGGAUCUGCAAGAGCGAGGACGCGCUGCGCGACUGCGGUCGGCUGGACAACUACGAGCGGCUGGACGGGAUCAGCCGCGGGGCAUUCGGGGCCGUCUACCGCGCCCGUGACAGGAGGACCGGCGAGAUCGUGGCCAUGAAGGACCAGUUCGACGGCAUAAGCGUCCCGACGCUGCGGGAGAUCGACAUCUUCAAGUGGCUCGGCCCCCACCCCCGCAUCAUCGAGUUCAAGGAGGUGGUGGCGGACGACUCCGACGGCGUGUACAUAAUGAUGGAGUGCGCCGAGGGCGACCUCCAGCAGUACAUGGAGGAGCAGGAGGAGCGGCUGGACGCCAAGGCGAUGAUGCAGCAGUUGCUGGAAGGGGUGAAGUUCCUGCACGAGAAGAGGGUGAUGCACAGGGAUCUCAAGCCUGCCAACAUCCUCAUCGGCAGCACGGGCUGCUUGAAGAUCUGCGACUUCGGGCUGUCGCGGCGGAUUGAUGUGGCGGCGGGGAUGUACGCGGCUCAGGUCGGGACCAAGUGCUACAGGGCGCCGGAGCUGCUCAAGGGGGUCAAGAAGUACACGGAGGCCGUGGAUAUGUGGGCCGUCGGCUGCGUGAUGGCGGAGAUGUUGUUGAGGUGCGGUGGCGGCGGUUCGGAGGCGGGGCGGCUCGAGACCGUGUGUAAGAUUGUUGGUGGUGGUGAUAAGGGUUAUGAAAGGCUUCGGAGUGAGUUUUUUCCGGAGGAGGCGGUCAGCGGAGCUGGUUUCGAUCUUUUGAAGGGAUUGUUGUGUUGUGAUCCGAGUAAGAGAAUCACGGCGGUCGAUGCUCUCAAUCAUGUUUGGUUCUUGGAGGAUUAG